AUGUCAAAAACAUUGGUUUUUAACCCUCAUGAUGCCGAUGCAUUUUCCUUGAACAUGAAGUAUCACGAAAUGUGUUUAGUGUUCGAAAUAAAUCUCUCCUCGAAACGGAAAUCGUUUUUAUGGAAUCUUAUGUGUGAAGAAUUUUUGUCGAGUCCAUGUUUACAAAAAUAUACAAAACAAUUCCUUCGUUCACUCAAGUCACAGCUUUAG